AUGAUCGACCGACGACCGGAUUUGGAAGUGAUCGACGUAUCUCAGAACGGGUUAUUAACGGAUAUGGACACUCCACAGUACAGUCUUCGGUGGAACAAUCACCUGGUCCACAUGAUGGACGCCAUCGAAGUGCUACUACAAAACGAAACUCUCGUGGACGUCACGCUGGUUUGUGAAAAGACUCAGUUUAAAGCCCACAAAGUCGUCUUAUCCGCUUGCAGUCCAUAUUUUCAAAGGCUAUUCUCUGAAACCCCGUGCAAACAUCCUGUGAUCGUGCUUAAGGACCUUCCGGACUGGGAGAUGAGAGCCAUCAUACACUUCAUGUACAAAGGGGAGAUUAACGUUGGCCAGGAACAGUUGCCGUUGUUGCUACAGGCUGCUGAAACGCUACAAAUCCGCGGACUGGCCCAUACUGAGCGCAUUCCGUUAUUUGUCGAUUCGCCCACUUCGUCGUCGGCGACGCCCACGGACGUCCAACCAUCACCGUCGCAACAGCAACAGCAGCCACCGCUUCCGUCGUCUCAUCACCACGGCGUGGGCGGACACCAUCACCAUCACCACCACCACUCCAACAGGGGCCACAGUCCUGGCGGAAGCAAAUCCGGCACGACCACCGGCCACGAGCUGACGAACGGACAGAGUUCUCCGGGCAAGGGUCAUCAUCACCAUCAUCACCACCACAGGCACCGGACCGCCGACUCACCGCAGAGUCCGCGCAACAAGUCACAGCCGCCGCCGCACCACGCACUCGCGCUACCACCACCGCACCACCGCGACGGAUCCGCCGGCCGCAUGUCGCCGACCACCAGGAUGUUCUUCCAGGCCGCCGCGGCCGCUGCGGCCGCCGCUGCAGCCAAUCCGUACGAUCCUUCGCACAUCCGUCUGCCACAGAUACAGCACUUGCCACCCAUCACGUUCAGCGACCGGAACUGUCCGUCGCCGACACCUCGCAGGAAACAGGCUCGACCCAGGCGAAGAUCGGGCGAAGCGAUUGGUCCACAAGAUUUGAGCAAAGCACCUUCUCCGUCAAACUUCAGCAAUAAUGUCGCCGAAAAUUUGUCGAUGAAAAAAUCACCGAACAAUGAAAAUAUCAAUAACGAAAACAUGCCGACAAAUUUAAGUUGUAACAAUAAGAGGCCGGAUAGGACACCGUCGCCGUCGGCAAAUAAACAAAUGAAGGUCGAAGUGGAAGAAUCAGAAAUGAUUGGAGACUUGGGACAAAGUCUGCCGGUAGAGUUGACUGCCAACAGUGGCAACCCGAACGUAAACAACAAUAACAAUAAUAAUAAUAACCAGUCGAGUAACAAAAAGAACCACCACCAUCACCACCACCAUCAUCUCAACCACCAACAACAGCAUCAGAGGCAUCCGGACUUCCCUUAUUAUGGGCCAGAUCCCAUGAGCAUACCACUUAAUCCACACGAUCCGCACUUUGAGAACUCACUAUUUCCGCCUUUUGGACCGUUGUCGUCGCUAUCUCUACAAGGACCUCCUCACAUGUUUCCAAUAGAUGCCCAAUUUGGUCUAUUUCCCGGUUUGGACGGCUGUAGAAACCCACUGCUAAACGAACUGAUUGAACCGAGGUUCGACAAUCCACCACCGAGUAAAAAGAAAAAGAAAAUGUUCCCGGUUGGACGUCCUAAGGGCCAGCACAGCGCUCCACGCGGUGGCCCUCCAAGGUCGUGGACGAACGCUGAACUCACUGAAGCGCUACAGCACGUGUGGAACAAGAAGAUGACCACGUCGCAGGCAUCCAGGAUCUUCGGUAUACCGUACAACAGUCUGCUCAUGUACGUGCGUGGCAAGUACGGUAAAUCUCUAAAACUGGAACAGUUGAAAAAAGAAUGUUUCGGUGACAUAAACGGUCCGCUGGACUUGUUGCACUUUGGGUCCAUAUCGAACAAUAACAACAGCAGCAACAAGAACAACAAUAAUAACAAUAACAACAAUAACAGCAACAACAACAACAGCGGCGGCAACAAUGGCCAGUCGAAUGUCAACGGUUCCGGUAACAACAACGGCGGUGGAGGCAACGGCCCGACCCUGCAGCCGUGCAACCCGCCCACGGAACCCGUCGACCUCAUGCUGGGGCCUCCGGGAUUCAACCCACCUGCGUUCCCGACACCCAACUUCUUCCCGGACUUUGGGUCCACGUUCCCGAUGGGCAUAGACAUGAUACACCUGAUGCACCAGCAACAGCAACACAUGUCGUCGAUGUCGGCGGCUGACAAACACCAGUACUUGGGACUGCAGGACAUGAUCGGCGGCCAACCGAUGCAGUCGGCCGUGGUGCUAGACUAUGCGAUGAAGUCUCCGGCUGCCAGUCGCAGCAACUCAGAACCACCGACAACGGGUGGCGAGGGUGACGGCGAUGGUGAUGGUGACGGUGACGUGGACGGCGACGGUGAGGGUGAUGGUGAAGGCGACUGCGACGACGAUGACGGGGCCGAUGAUUGCGGCGUCGACGACGAGGACGAAGAGGACGACGACGACGACGUGGUGGCCAUGGACUUCUCAAAGGCCGGUGGGAUCGGCGUUGGCGGCGGCGGUGACGUUGGCAGCGGCGGCGGUGACGUCGGUGGUGGCGCCGGUGCCGGUGACGAGGAUGACGGGGUCGACGAAGAGGACGACGACGAAGACGUCGACGACGAAAGACUGAGUCCGGAAGCUGAUGACAAGGACAAGGAGCAAGACUGA